AACUUGUUAACUGCUGCUAGAUCUAUCUGCUUAUACAAGAGUUUCUGCUUUUUUGUCUUUUUUUGUCAUUUUACUACAAUUUAGUGCAUCACUGCAAAUUUAUAGCUGUACAAUUUUUGUUACAUUGCUCUCUGCUUUUCCUACUUUUUUACUGAUUCUGUUUCAAUUCACAAUACCUUUUUUUAAUUUAUUUAAAAGCAAUAUCGACAACAGCUCCAAUAAGAUGUCGUCAACCGCAGCUCCCAACUCCAUAGCCAGAGUUUAUGCUGAUGUUAACAACAAGAAAUCUCAGUCAUAUUGGGACUAUGAUAACGUCAGCAUAGUUUGGAGGUCUCAAGAAAAAUACGAAAUCGUUAAGAAAAUUGGUAGGGGUAAAUACUCCGAAGUGUUUCAAGGAGUUGAAUUGCCCUCCGGUAGAAAAGUCGUCAUGAAAGUCUUGAAACCGGUUAAAAAGAAGAAAAUCAAAAGAGAAAUAAAGAUUUUGCAAAAUUUAAACCAUGGACCUAACAUUAUAGCAUUAUUAGACGUUGUCAGAGAUCCUGUAUGCAAAAACCCUGCUUUAAUUUUUGAAUGCGUCGAUAACAUAGAUUUUAGAACUUUAUAUCCUCAAUUUACUGAUUAUGACAUUCGAUUUUAUAUGUUCGAAUUGUUAAAGGCUUUAGAUUUUUGUCACUCAAUGGGCAUAAUGCAUAGAGAUGUCAAACCACAUAAUGUUAUGAUCGACCACUCUUUGAAAAAAUUAAGGUUGAUCGACUGGGGUUUAGCUGAAUUCUACCAUCCAGGAACAGAAUAUAACGUUCGUGUAGCUUCCAGAUAUUUCAAAGGUCCAGAACUAUUGGUUGAUUUUAGAUUGUAUGAUUACUCAUUGGAUUUGUGGUCUUAUGGUGCCAUGUUAGCUUCAAUGAUUUUUAAGAAAGAACCGUUUUUUCAUGGUAAAUCAAAUACUGAUCAAUUGGUUCAAAUUACUAAAGUGUUGGGAACAACAGAAUUAUACAAAUACACCAAGAAAUACGAUAUUGAACUAGGCCCUGAAUACGAAGACAUAGGUCAGUUUUAUAAAAGGCCUUGGUUUAGAUUUAAAAACGCAUACAACGCAAAAUUCGUUAAUGAUGAUGUUAUUGAUUUUAUUGACCAUUUGUUAAGAUAUGACCAUCAAGAAAGAUUGACUGCAAAAGAAGCAAUGGCCCAUCCUUGGUUCAAACAAGUUCGUGCUAAUGCUGAGAAUAAUGGGAAUUUAUAAAUUUAAUACUAACCUUGAGAAUUAUAGCCAUGAUUACAAAUACAAUAGAAUGAUCAAAAUAAAUCAUCUCAUGUUUUUCCAUAAAUGACGAACAGUUUAAAAUGAAAUAAAUGAAGUUAUUUAUAUUUUUAUUUCUUUUCAUAAUUUGCCUUUUUUUUCAUGUUUAGUUUUUUUUUUUUAAUGUUUGGUU